AGUAUCCAAGAUAUUUUUUUUUUUGGUACUAAGUCAUUUUCUUCUGAUCUUCAUACACAAAUAAAUGGCAAACUGCAGAUCCCGACCACCGUGGGUUGGCUCACUCAUCUGCGGCGAGGCUCCGGAAAACUCCGGUUUGGGGUCUAAGCCGCCAGGUUCUUGGGGAUGUCCGAAGCAAAUGAGACAUAGUCACGUCUCUUCUUUGACGAAGCAGCAACGACGGAGCUGGACCAUUAACGUUAACGGUGGAGAAACAAGAAACCAUUCCAGUUUUGGUGACACCGGCGGGGUUGUUGCGAAGGAUGAAGCUGAGCUAGUGGCGGUCCUUAGGGAAGCUCAUCCGUACGUGAAUCUACAUAGAGACAGCGUAUUUGUCGUUAUGUUGUCGGCUGAACUACUUGACUCCGGUUCAACUCUCGACGGCAUUCUCAAGGACAUAGCAUUUCUUCAUCACUUGGGCAUUAGGUUUGUUCUUGUUCCUGGAACUCAAGUGCAAAUCGACGAGCUUUUAGCUGAGAGAGGACGCGAGCCAACAUAUGUGGGUCGUUACAGAGUUACAGACUCAGCAUCUCUGCAGGCUGCCAAGGAAGCUGCAGGGGCAAUAUCUGUAAUGAUUGAGGCCAAACUAUCUCCCGGACCUUCAAUUUACAACAUACGCCGACAUGGUGAUAAUAGUCGUUUGCAUGAAACGGGUGUUAGGGUCGACACUGGUAACUUCUUUGCAGCAAAGAGAAGAGGUGUUGUUGAUGGUGUUGAUUUUGGAGCUACUGGUUUAGUGAAGAAGAUAGAUGUAGAUAGGAUCCGUGAGAGGCUUGAUAGUGGUUCUGUAGUUCUACUGAGGAACUUGGGCCAUUCCAGCUCCGGAGAAGUCUUAAAUUGCAAUACCUAUGAGGUUGCUACGGCCUGUGCUUUAGCUAUAGGAGCAGAUAAGCUUAUUUGCAUAAUGGACGGUCCAGUUCUUGAUGAGAAUGGACAUCUUGUUCGCUUCUUGACUCUUCAGGAAGCAGAUACGUUAGUCAGAAAACGGGCACAACAAAGUGAGAUAGCUGCGAAUUACGUGAAGGCUGUUGGGGAUGGAGGGAUAAGUAGUCUCCCUGAACCGCUUGGUUACAAUGGGAUGGUGACAACUCCCAACAAUUAUAACGGGAGACCAAUUUGGGAAAAACACACUCCGACCUUUCAGAAUGGUGUUGGAUUUGACAACGGAAAUGGGUUGUGGUCUGGGGAGCAAGGUUUUGCUAUUGGCGGUGAGGAGAGACUUAGCCGCUUAAACGGAUAUCUCUCUGAACUGGCUGCAGCAGCAUUCGUCUGCAGAGGUGGUGUUAAAAGAGUUCACCUAUUGGACGGUACUAUAAGCGGAGUGCUAUUGUUGGAGCUUUUCAAAAGAGAUGGAAUGGGGACUAUGGUGGCAAGUGAUGUAUACGAAGGAACCCGAGAGGCAAAGGUAGAAGAUCUUACUGGUAUUAGACAAAUAAUCAAACCUCUGGAAGACUCAGGGACUUUAGUUCGCAGAACUGAUGAAGAGCUAGUGCGAGCUUUGGAUUCGUUUGUGGUUGUGGAAAGGGAAGGACAGAUUAUUGCUUGUGCGGCUUUGUUCCCUUUCUUUAAAGAAAAGUGUGGAGAAGUUGCAGCUAUUGCGGUUUCAUCUGAUUGCCGUGGACAAGGACAGGGAGAUAAAUUGCUCGAUUACAUUGAGAAGAAAGCGUCAGCUCUCGGACUGGAGAUGCUUUUUCUCCUAACAACGAGAACCGCUGACUGGUUUGUGAGACGCGGGUUUCAGGAAUGUUCAAUCGAGAUGAUACCGGAAGCAAGACGAGAAAGAAUCAAUCUUUCGAGGAGAUCCAAGUAUUACAUGAAGAAGUUAUUGCCAGACAGAAGUGGGAUUUCUGUUGUUCGUACAUUUUAAUAUGGUUCUUGAGAGUAUCAGAGAAGAAUGUAAUUGCCUCAGAAAAAAAUCCACUGAAUGUCUAAAGAGUCUGUAAAGUUAUGAAGGAACCAAUAUUAUUUCCAAAAUCAGUCUUUCCAUUGCCAUUGUGGCAGCUAUCA